AUGACUGCCCAUGAAUUUUACAUUGUCAUUCCGUUGGCAAUUUUGGAGUUGAUUCUACUUGUUAUUGGUCUUUAUUUUAUGGCCAUGUGGGCCGUGGUCUUCAAAGACCUGCCAUUGUUCCAUUACAAUCUGAAAACAACGUUGAAAUUUGUUGGAAUCACUUGGAUGGCGACGUCGAUCGCCAGGAUUAUAUUCAUUUUGUGUUACUUUUUUGACCCGCAGGCGUUGAGUAAGUUGACUUUACGGAAUUUAAAAAAGUUUGGCUGUAUUUUUUAUGACAUUAUACUGCAAAAAAAUAGGAUUUGUAAGACCCGUACCAAAGUUCAUAUCCUUCGAAUCCGAUGAACUUUUACUUAUUCAUUAUCGAAAAUUCUGCCACACUGAACUUUCGGCCUUUAAGAGGGCAUUGAAGGUUUCAUACUUUAGCAGAAAUUACCCUGUAACAGGUGAAAGUGCAAAGUUUGUAUUUACAAGAAUAGGCAGCAGUCUAUUUCGAGAGACUAUUCAAAAGAGCAACAAAAGUCCUAGAUUUUUUCAAGCUGUAACUUACAGGAGAAGUACUCCAAGUGCGACGCUGACAUUUUUAAGAAGCUUGGCACAAAUUUAGAUUAGUUUUUUGAAGAAAUAUACAAGAAUACUAGCUUGUGUUUUGCAGAAACGACCGAGACAUUUAGAUCAAAACUUUUCGAAAAUGCGACACUUUUUGGUGAAUUUUGGUGUGAAAAGUUUCAUGACUAUUUCUACCGUGUAGUUAAGAAUUUUCACGAAAAAUCAUUUUCCGCACGAAACUAGCGAAAGUUAUGGCCAAAAUAUGUUUUUCUGUCUGCCUGUUCUCCACGUUUAGCGUGCUCUUUCGGCAACAAAGAUCAUUCAAUAUCUCGACAAAAAAAUUAAAACUGACCUCUUUGCAGUCGGCAGGAAAGAUCGUUGAAUAUGUUGGCUACCCCUGUAAGGCACAAACUAAAAUUUUCAAUAAUUCAUACGUGCCAUAUAAAAACACAAAAAUUUUCAGUCGACUCAACGAACUUUUUUUCCUUCGGCUUUCCGAUGCAUUUGAUGGAGAAUGUAUAUAUGCUUACUUGGUCAAUGGCCGCAACCACCAUCCUGUUCGUCGUGAUUGAGCGAAUCUCAGCCAGUCUUUGGUUGGAGUGUUACGAGCGCCGAGAAGACAAGUUUUUGAUUCAUGCGAUGCUGGCUUUUGCUCUGCUUGUUUCCGUGGUCUUCUAUUCCAUAAAUUACGGUAGGUAAAAGAAAUUCGAUAGGCUAUACAAUGAAUCUGUGAUACAACAAAACUUUUAUAAAAUGAACAAUUUUUCAAGCCGCAAGAGCCAACUUGAGUUCAAGAGAAACCCUUGAAUGUAACGAAACCCUUGUAUAACGAAUAAAUUUUAAGGCUUCUUAUUCGUUUUACAGAGGUUUGACUAUAUUUAUUCCAGCAUAUGACCUGCGAAUCUUCGCCUAUCGUCUGCCAUACGUCUUCAUCGCAUUAGUCGCUUUCGUCAGUUUGGUCGUUUUCCUCUACUUCCAUUUCCUCAACAAACGUCGCCUCAGGCAAGCCUUGGCCAAUCGCUCAUUCUAUUCGCUCAACGAGAGAUUCCAACUGGCCGAGAAUGUGAGGGUGGGGGAUAUUGCGAUCCGUCAAGCCUUCAUAGUCAGCGGAAUGGUCAUGUUGUUUGUGACGGCCGUCGUGAUCAUCUCGUGUUUGAACUUGGAUAUACCUGUGAGUUGUGAUGACUUAAUGGUGUGCUUGGAAUCUGUUAGCAGGUUGUAAAAAAUAUAUAGUCGGUUAUAAACGCCUUUUUUCGACCAAACACCGCCCUACACUCCUCCAAAGCUUACAAUAAUUUGUUUCAGCUCUACAUUCUUCGCUCGCUUUCCUACCAUUUCUUGGCCAUUUAUAACAUCGCCGAGGCCUUCAACAUUGCCUAUGGCCACUCGACUUUCAAGAAGCUGUACUUUGAUCAGCUUCGUCGUUCGCUUUUUGGACCCAAAGGCAGUGUGGAUUCGAUCGACGCCACCAAACGGCAUAGUAUUCGGAAUACGGACGGAAUGGUCCUGAAUUUCUCGGCCAGAGAAGAGAACCGGAUUGUUUUUACGAUGCUGGAGAAUAGUUGGCGAUAA